GCCUUGCUUCUUCCAAUCUCCCAGAGAAAGUCAGCGCAACGAAAGGCCCAUUGCGAGCUUCCGAGCGAAAGUACUUGGAAGUCCGAGUGGACAAAGUGAGAGCGAACGAGAUCCUGGGCAUGGCGGGGCUCCCUAAGGCCGAUGGCUGUCAGUUGGAAUCCAUAAAGGCGACUGGAUCUUGCAACGACCAGGAGAAGCCCAAGAGGUCAUUGAAGCGAGGAAAACUUCCUUUGUUCCUGGGAAAAAGAGUGCACCUGGGUCGCGCCGUGAGGCAGCAGCUGUUGCAUGUGGACAUCUUCGAAGUACAAGUGCCACUGCAGAUGGAGUUUGAAGAUGAGUGGGUUGGAAGGGCGACCCUGCAGCUGGCCGAUCCCAGAGUGGAAGAGCCAGCAGAAUAUGAGCUGACCCGCGGCCCUUUUGAGUACGGGGGCACGGUGACGGUGAGUGUCAAAUUUCCGGAUCCGGAGGUUGAAGCUCACCCACUACCCGACGUACGAGACUUCCCAAAGCCAGUCUCCCCACGUGAAUAUGCCAACUCCAAAACGAUGGGCACAGACGCAGGUGGGAUCGACAUGAGCCCUUUCGAUAUACCGCGCAAAGGGUCCGGGUCGAGCUCAAAUUCAACUGGCCAAGGCAAAUCACCGCAGCCCGUUUGGGUGCCGGAGAUCAAGGGUCCUGGCGGCUCCGGCUUUGGCCUCGAUCCGAAGAUCGAUAACAUUUGGAAGUUCAACACAGGUCCUGUGAAAGGUGGGACAAUGAGCCCCCUUCCCAGCUUCCCUCCACAGUGGUUCACGGCGAAGUUGCCACCCGGAACGCCACACCCGCGUCCACUGCCGCCAUCGGCCUUCCAGCCUCCCCCAGUGCCGCCCGAGCUGAUGGCCCAGAUUCCCGUCCUCGCGACGGUGCCGCCCGCCGUUGCUGCAAUGGUCGUGCAGGCCCUGCGGGCGCCGCCUCUGACCACGGCCACGAUGCCGGCGCCUCCUGCGUCGGUGCUGCUUGCAGGGCCCUUGCCCUACUUGCCCUCAAUUGCUCCUCCGUACUGUGGAGGCUAUCCCCGGGGAUUCAUGGUCAGAGGUGAAGUGCCAGGUCUUCCCUGCUCCAGUGGCACGCGGCAGAAACAUGUGCUGUGUGGCCCACUGAGCAAGGUGGGAGAAGAGCCUAAAGUGCGAAAUGAUGCGAAAUGCUCCACCCACGGUAGAAACAUGUACCGUGUGGCUCCGCUGCCAGUGCCAUCGGAAAUUCACUGCGGUUGUGCUGUUCAAAUAGCACAGGUUAUGCAGGGCAACCAGGGUCAACGGGCAACUGCCGACACUUCUGGGGAAACUUGGAGCGGGGCCUACAGCACUGUUUGGGAGCCCUUGGACGCAUUUGGACGCUUUCGCGACCUUAAUUACUCUGCGG